AUGAGCAAAUUGUCACAACAAGUGGUAGAAGAGGCCGUUAGAGCUGUUCUCAAUCCGGAAAAGAAAAGAAAUUUCCUUGAAUCUAUUGAUUUACAAAUAGUCAUCAAGGAUUACGACCUCAAACGAGACAAACGUUUCAACGGUACUAUUCGCUUACCACAUGUCAUUAGUCCGAAUCGAAAGGUCUGUGUUCUCGGGACAGACGUCCAUUGCGAAGAAGCCAAGAACUGCGGUCUUACUUGUUUGAAUGUCGCCGCGAUGGAAGCAAUCAACAUGAACGCCAAAGUUGUUAAGAAGCUAGCCAAAAAGUAUCACUAUUUCAUGUGUUCUUCUUCUUUAAUCACCAUGAUUCCCAAGUACUUCGGACCCACUCUUAACAAGCUUGGAAAGUUCCCUGCUAUUAUCACUCCUAAUGACAAGCUUGCUGACAAGUCCACCGACUUGAAAGCAACUGUGAAGUUUGUCUUCAAAAAAGACACGAGCUUGGGAGUUGCUAUUGGCAACGUUAACAUGACUGAACAAGAACUCACAGAAAACUUACAUACAGCUAUUAACUUUUUGGUGUCUCUCACCAAAAAAAACUGGCAUAACAUCAAAACUAUGCAUAUCAGAUCCGCUAUGGGUAAACCCCGACAAAUUUACCCUUAA